GAGCCCUAUUUAAAUGGGUGUGUAGUUCGAUACAACUACCACUCGUUUGACAUCGGCACGAUAAGAAUGAUUCGUAUGUCCAUUCGCCUAAGUUUCGUCUUAGUUUUGAUCAGUUGGUCAACUGACCAAGUGGCCGCUGAACAAAAUUUAGAGGAGCAACUGGAACAACUCAGGAACAACUACAUAAAUAAACAACAAGAUUUGGAAAAACAAGUUCAUCAAUUGAAAGCUCAAAGUCUCAGACAAGUUGGAUCCACCCUACCGAGAUCCUGUUGGGAUCUCAAGACUAUGGGCCAAAGUGUCAACGGGAUUUAUUUAGUCCAAGGGGCGAAAUCAAUUGAAACUGUUUUCUGCGAUUUCAAAAAACACCCCAGCGACGCAGAUUACCAAAACUGGAUUGGCUUUGUUGAUGUCAAAACUUUCCCCGUCUACUUCUACGCCCAAAGAACUUCCACCUACGCCAAUGUCGAAACAAUCGUUCCUUUCGAGCAGAUGAGGCUCAACGUGGGAAAUGCCAUGAAUCCUACGACGGGGAUAUUCACGGCUCCUAGAACGGGGAAAUAUUUUUUCGCUUAUUUGGGGCUUUCCGAAGGUUCUCCUGUUCGAAUCGAUUUUCUGUUCAGGAACGGGAGAUCGUCCGACUGGGGCAAAAUCGGACAGGCCUACGGUGCAAACAACUACGUGACUUUUGCGCUCGAAUCCACUCUUGAGUUGAGCAAAGGCGACCAAAUAUGUUUGUAUUUAAAACUAGGAAAAAUCCACGAAUGGAUCGGUCCAGGUUUUGGUCCCUAUUCCAGUUUCGUUGGCAUGUUAAUGGAAGAAGAUAUUUUUGCUUAGUGGGGGGAUACACACCUAACAGCAUUGGCCACCAAUUCCUGCUUUUAAUUCAUAAUUAUUUUUAGCGGCAAGUAUAUUCAUUGCGAAUACACAUUGUUGGAAACGGAA